UUUGGACUUACCGCUCUCGUAGUGAAAAAAGAGCAUUUGAUGUGAAGUGCUUUGUUUUAAUUAUGCUGCGGUGAAGAGGGACCAUAAAGACAGAGAGAAGGAAGAUGAUGGGUCUCUGAGCCUUUUCAGGUGUUUCGUUGAGUUCGUCCUUGCUUCCAGUAUUGAAGUUAAUGGGUUGUUUUCAGUGUCGUUUAAUUCUAGGUGAAGCUCAUUUCUUCUGAGUUUCAUGGAGCUGUGAGCUGUUUUGCAAAUUUUGGGGAUCUGGUUUGGGUUCUAGGGUUUGACUUUCCCUCUCUUUCUUGGUUUUCCUCCCAUAUCUCUGUCUUUUCCUGGGCAUUGAAAUCUUAUCUGGGUUCUGUAUUUUAUUUUCUUGGCUUUCGCCUAAAUCGCUGAGUCAGGUUCGUUCCUUGUGAGAGUUUUCCCAUGAAAAAAAUUGUCUGAUUUUGUGAAUUGGAUACCUGGAGGCUAUCAUGCAUCUUUCACUAUGGAAGCCCAUUUCUCAUUGCGCUUCUCUGUUCAUGGACAAGAAGAACAGACGGAAAGAUGAUUCUGCCGUCGAGACGAGGAGAAGCCAGUCGGUGCUCCGGAAAUUGCAGGAAAACAAGCUUAGGGAAGCACUUGAAGAAGCUUCUGAAGAUGGGAAACUCGCCAUAUCUCAGGGCAUGGAAGCUUUUUCGCCUGAAAACAAUGACGAAAGCCUCGGAAGAUCUCGGUCGCUUGCCAGGCUUCACGCUCAGCGUGAAUUUCUCCAAGCCACCGCACUCGCCGCGGAGCGCAUAUUUGAGUCUGAGGAAGAAAUUCCUACUCUUCAGGAAGCCUUCAACAAAUUCCUCACAAUGUACCCUAAAUACCAGUCGUCUGAGAAGAUCGAUCAGUUGAGGUCGGACGAGUAUUCGAACUUGUCCCCAAAGGUAUGCCUUGAUUACUGUGGAUUUGGAUUGUUCUCUUUCGUUCAGACCAUUCAUUACUGGGAGUCCUCUACGUUUAGCUUGUCUGAGAUAACUGCGAAUUUGAGUAACCAUGCCCUUUAUGGUGGUGCUGAAAAGGGAACCGUGGAACAUGAUAUAAAGACUAGAAUCAUGGAUUACUUGAACAUACCUGAGAAUGAAUAUGGCCUUGUGUUUACUGUAAGCAGAGGAUCGGCUUUCAAAUUGCUGGCUGAAUCAUACCCUUUCCAAACAAACAAAAAACUGCUGACCAUGUUCGACCAUGAGAGCCAGUCUGUCGCUUGGAUGGCUCAGUGUGCCCGGCAGAAGGGUGCCAAGGUGUACAGUGCAUGGUUUAGAUGGCCAACGCUCAAGCCCUGUUCCACUGAUUUGAGAAAACAGAUUUUGAGCAAGAAGAGGAGGAAGAAGGAUUCUGCAACUGGUCUUUUUGUGUUCCCUGUUCAGUCUAGAGUGACUGGGGCUAAGUAUUCUUACCAGUGGAUGGCUCUAGCGCAGCAGAACAAUUGGCACGUCUUGCUUGAUGCAGGAUCAUUGGGUCCCAAGGACAUGGAUUCACUUGGCUUGUCUCUAUUCCGGCCUGAUUUUAUAAUCACAUCUUUUUACAGGGUGUUCGGGUAUGAUCCCACAGGAUUUGGAUGUCUUCUGAUCAAGAAAUCAGUCAUGGCAAGCCUUCAAAAUCAGUCAGGGAGCACUGGGUCUGGAAUGGUGAAGAUCACUCCUGAAUUUCCUUUGUAUUUGGGUGACUCUGUUGAUGGUUUGGACAAAUUGACCGGGAUUGAAGAUGAUGAAGAAGUCACCGAGACUGGUGAUAAAACUGCUGAAACUCGUCAGGGAUCACAGUUGGCUGCAUUUUCUGGAGCAUAUACGUCUUCUCAGGUCCGAGAAGUAUUUGAGACUGAAAUGGAUCAGGAUAGUUCUGAAAGAGAUGGCACUAGCACUAUAUUUGAAGAAACUGAGAGUAUUUCUGUUGGGGAGCUGAUGAAGAGCCCUGUCUUCAGUGAAGAUGAGUCUUCAGACAACUCUUUUUGGAUUGAUUUGGGGCAUAGUCCAUUGGGAUCUGACCACACAGGUCAAUUGAAUAAGCAAAAGAUAGCUUCUCCUCUUCCACCCUUUUGGUUCAAUGGAAGGAAGAAUCAAAAGCAUCAUUCUCCUAAGCCAACUUCCAAGAUAUAUGGCAGUCCCAUGUAUGAUGACAAAGUUGUGAAUCAUGAUCCUCAUGAUGAUCGCCAUGUGCUUUCAUUUGAUGCAGCUGUGCUAUCAGUGUCCCAAGAACUAGACCGGGUAAAAGAGGUCCCCGAAGAGGAACAUGUUGCUGAAAUGAAUGAUUUUUCAAGAAAUGGUAGUGGUUCUGAUCAUUUGUAUGCUAAUGAGAUUGAGGAAGAACCUGGAAGUAGCGAACCUGUUCAUCUUGGAUCUGGAGAAAAUGGUCCUUUAAAAGGAUCAGGACUUAAUAAUCCAUAUUCUGUUGCUCAGCAUCACCGCUUUGAAAAUGGCUGUACCUCUGAAAUAUCCCGUGAGCUUAAAGAGAGUGCCAUAAGAAGGGAAACUGAAGGUGAAUUUAGAUUACUUGAUAGAAGGGAAGGAAAUCGAUAUGCUGGGGGUAGAUUUUUUGGUUUGGAUGAGAAUGAAUCUUAUAACAAGGGAAGAAGGGUGUCGUUUAGCAUGGAAGAUAACCGUAAAGAGUAUCAUAGCCAUACAUUGGAGACAGGGGACAUAUGUGCAAUUAGUUUGGAGGAUGAUGAAGAGUACACAAGUGAUGGAGAAGAUGGUGAUGAACAGGAUUGGGGCAGGAGGGAACCAAAUAUAAUAUGCCGGCAUUUGGAUCAUGUGAAUAUGCUUGGUCUCAAUAAAACCACUCUUAGACUUCGGGUUUUGAUAAAUUGGCUUGUCACCUCUUUGUUGCAACUGAAGUUGCCAGGUAUUGACAGGGAAGAUAAAGCAAAUCUUGUCCACAUCUAUGGACCAAAAAUUAAAUAUGAAAGAGGUGCAGCUGUGGCUUUUAAUAUCAGGGACGGAAAGAGGGGACUAAUUAAUCCCGAGGUUGUUCAAAAGCUGGCUGAAAAAGAAGGAAUCUCAGUUGGCAUUGGUUUCCUCAGUCACAUACGGAUUCUUGAUAAUUCAAGAAAUCAUCAGGGGCCUUUGGAUCUUGAAGAGACAUCUCUUUGCAGGCCAAUGGAGAAUGGGCGUCAGGAUGGAAAAGGCAGAAAAGGUGGCUUUGUACGGGUUGAAGUUGUUACGGCGUCACUUAGUUUUCUGACUAAUUUUGAGGAUGUGUAUAAAUUGUGGGCUUUUGUUGCCAAGUUUCUUAACCCAUCAUUUAUUCAUGAAGGCGGUCUUUCCACUGUUGAAGAAGGUUCUGAGACGUAAGAUCAUCAACGAAGUAGCUGCUGGUAUUCUAUUCAAAUAUUGGAAGCUGGACAUGAAAGAGACUAUUUGUGAAAUGUUUUCCAACAAGGAAGCUGGUGAAUCUGCUUGAAGAAUGACUUGGUGAUCAUGUGCGUGCUGCCAGAUAGAAGAAUUCUUGCCUCCGAUUCAAAGCUGCACAAGGCCAGCGGGUGAAUUUGUUAAUUCAUGUUUCUUGUUGCUUACAUUUUUUUUUCCUUUUAUUUUCUUCUUCGAACUUGUUGUAGAGUUUUUCUUUUCAUCUUUUUUCUGGCCAACAACUUGUAGAGUUGGCUUUAGAGAUUUUUCACAGUAUUGGGAAGUCAGGGUGUACAUGUAGCGAAAUGUGUGGGGUAGAACCUCUAUCAGUAUUCAUUUUGCUUAUGUUGCAUACAAAAGGAUUUGCAACUUUUGUACAAAGUUAAUGUUCAUCUUAUGCUGUUCUGUAUGAGACGAUCCAAAUCCAAAUAUCCAAUAGCUUUGUUGACUUA